UUAAACUGUGAUGCAAGGGAAAUGUGAUAUUUGUUUUCUGCAGUGCUUUAAGGGACUAUACUUUACUAUGAAAGCCUAUAUAUGAUCUACGGUUUUGAAAGCCGUAUGUCAUAUGUAAAUAGUGCUGACAAUGGUUAUGUGUUUAUGUGAUUCAUAUCAUUAGCACAUACCAUAUACCCUCCUAUCUUUGUUUCACAUUUAUCCUUGGAUGUCAAUGCAAACACAUGAUCGCAGUCUUUACAUUUUUCUCGCUGUUGAUGAUAAUUUAUUGUUGUAUAGUUUAAAAAAUUGAAAACUUUAUAACUUGAUACGCUCCUGUAUUGUGUAAUAUGUUUUGUGUAUUACAAUUAAUGAGGUGUCUGUUUUCUGAAUUGAAAAAAUGAAAUAUCUCUCGAUCAGUGUUCUUGAAAACUGCAACAAUAAUUACAUUUUUGUUGAUAAUUAAAACUUAAUUAGUUUAUCAUUCUCUCUGAUUUUAAUUCAACGCAGAACUUGACUAAUUUUCCUGCUUUCUGAACGUGAAGCAAUUAUUCCCCAUGACACUCACAGAUGUAGUCAUUAUCUUAUCAAGAAUGUAAGUUGGCAAAGGGUUGCGAACCAAUGUUGCUUUCAUUUAACUCAAAUAAUCACUCACACAUAACUGGAAAAGCUAUGAGUCCCAUCAUUUCAGUGAAUCCGUCCAAAAACAUGAAGCCUGCCUGAUACACUUAUCUCAUUAUUCAGACUCUUAUUAUCAGGCAAAGGGUCUCCUCCUUGUGGAACAAAAUGUCAUCAGGCCAGUUUCUAAAAGUGCUCCUUUACAAACAGACCUGUUAUCCAUCAUGUUAGUUAAAUCAAACUGUGAAACCCUAACCCCAUCUACAGUAGGACAUAUUUUUUAGACUGUUUAAAAAAUGUUACGACAAGCAAGGUUUUGCUUCAUUGAAAGAAUUCACAUAUUUUGUUGUUUUCCAUCUAAUUAGAUUUUUUUGUAUAUCAUGGAAGUUUCAUAAACUUAGUCCUCAUACAGAUCCUCAUUAAAUUGCCUUGGUUUAUGUUAUGUAUUGUAUCCAUAGAGUUGCUCUGACAUUUACUCUCUGGUGGAGCAUCAGAGAUCAUUUCUUUCAUCAUUUUUGAGAUGACUUUAAUUUCUGUUUGUAGAUUUUUCUUUCAUUUAUUUGAAACUCCUUUACUUUUAAUCCAUGACCUGAAGUGAAAAAUGGACCUAUGACGAAUGCAUGAAUCACCUCUCUAUGUCUCAAACAGCCAUGUGAGGAACCCCUUUCCUGUGCUGUCCAUUCUUAAAGGGAAGUGAAGACUUGCUUGUUCAGCACUUAGUUUUUUUCUUUUCAUGCAGACGCUACUGUCAGCACAUACACUUGCAGCAUGAACAACUCAACUGAGCUGUCUUCCUCAAAGGAAAUUGUCAUGGCCCCUGAGGAGUUUGACGGUGGGACAGCAGUGGCUUGUGUGAUCCUGGGCCUGUCCUUCCUGGUAGGAGUUCCGGGGAACCUGCUGGUGAUCUGGACUAUCCUGAGACACGUCAAGCAGCGUUCCCACACUGUGGUGCUCAUCCUGCACCUGGCUGCUGCAGACCUGCUGAUCCUCAUCACCCUGCCUCUGUGGAUCUACUCCCUGGCCCACCACUGGGUGUUUGGAGAAGCCUCCUGCAAAGCCAUGGUGUUCAUGAUCAACGCCUGUAUGUAUAGCAGCGUUUUCCUCAUUACCCUUAUGAGUGUGGAACGCUUUGUGGCCGUGCGCCACCCCUUUGCCUCGGCUGGCUGGAAAAGGAAAAAAGCUUUAAAUAAAGUUCUGCUAGCUCUGUGGACUGCAGCAUUUGUGUUCAGCAUACCAGUCAUCCCAACUCAGGUUGUAGGGAUGGAUGCUGGUGAGGAGCACUGUCUGUAUCGGUUUUAUACUUCUGUGACCCAGGAGCUGGUGUGUGUGCUGCUAGAAACACUGCUGGGCUACGUAUUACCCUUCACCAUCCUCGUGGUCUGCUAUGGCUGCCUGUGCAGCCGGAUUACUCAGAUGAGCUUCAAGUCUAAGCGCAAGUCCACAGUGCUGAUUGCCAGUGUAGUGGUUGUGUUUGCCAUUUGUUGGACGCCUCAUCACAUAGGAAAUGUCCUAUCACUCAUCAUCCUGGCCACUGAAAAGUCCCUCCCGGACUCAGCAAAGAGUCUGGAGAGCGUCAGGAGCACCAUGGUUUUCAUCGCUGGAGCCAUGGUCUUCAUCAGCAGCACUGUUAACCCCAUCCUCUACAUGUUUGCGGCUCGCUCCUUCAGGAGCUCCCUGCGUGACACCGGCAUCCAGAAGCUCUUCCUCCAUAUCUCCAGCACCUCCCCAGGUGAGGGCAAUAAAGAGUUGUACUUUGUGUCCAAGAGACAGAGCAAUCAGACGGACAGUUCUCAGUGUGUGUCUGAGUCAAAAGACCAAAUGGACAUUAAAUAAAAAUGUGUAAAAAUAAUCCGUCCUGAUAUUGAACAUGUAUGUAUUGUCUGUGCUGUGUGUAGAUAUUCAUGUGUAUACUGUAUGUAUUUUUAAAUGAAGGAAAUGGUGCCUGAAAUUAAACUCAUUUUGUGUGAAAUUACAACACAGAAAAACAA